AGAAUAGACGCAAGAAGUUUGAAAAAAACAGUGCGGAGUUAUAUGUAUUGAAAAGGACGGAGAAGAUAGACCACGUUUAUUAUGGGAUUCUCUUACACGUCGUUGUCUAGCUUCUGUUCCCUGCAGUUCCCAUCUCAUCGACCUCAAGGCCGCACCAACUUCCAUGGCCAAACAACCUUACGCUUCUGCCUCGUCGCAAUGCCAAAUUCCCUCCAAAACCCGAAGCUCCGUCGUUUUCUCCGUCCGAACCCACUGUUUACUUGCAAUCGCAAACUUGACUAUCUUUCUCUCAGAGCCCACGCUUCAAACGGAUCAAACUCACCCGCGUACUCCUCCGACACCAAGUUAAUUGUCACCGCUUCCGCGUUCACCGCAACGUUAGCCAUCGCUAAUCGCGUGCUCUACAAGCUCGCUCUCGUUCCCAUGAAGGAAUACCCCUUCUUUCUAGCUCAGCUCACAACUUUUGGGUACGUGGCUAUAUAUUUUUCGAUAUUGUAUAUACGGUACCGGGCGGGAAUUGUGACCAAUGAAAUGCUUGCUCUCCCCAAAUGGCGUUUUAUGGCUAUUGGCAUUUUAGAAGCUCUCGGCGUCGCUACCGGGAUGGCUGCUGGAGCCAUGCUUCCUGGACCAACAAUACCGAUACUGAGUCAGACAUUUUUGGUGUGGCAGCUGGCUUUUUCAACUUUUCUAUUGGGGAGAAGGUACUCGUUUAAUCAAAUUGCUGGCUGCUUACUUGUAGCUACUGGUGUGGUGGUGGCUGUUGCCAGUGGGUCUGAUGCUGGCCAAAUGUUAUCUGGAGUUGAGUUUAAAUGGCCAGCACUAAUGCUAGCCUCAAGUGCUUUUCAGGCUGUUGCAUCUAUUAUCAAGGAAUUUAUUUUCACUGAUGCUCUGACCCGCCUUAAUGGAAAGUCUCUUGACCUAUUUGUGGUCAAUUCUUUGGGGUCUGGAUUCCAGGCUCUUUUUGUGCUUCUCUUUUUACCUUUCCUCUCCAAGAUGAAGGGCAUACCAUUUGGUCAACUUCCUUCUUAUCUUGAAAGUGGUGCUGGUUGCUUUCUUAACUUCGGAGCCAAUCAAUCAGGUUGUGAUGGGGCUCCGUUGCUUCCACUGCUUUAUAUAGUUGCGAAUUUGGCUUUCAACAUAUCAGUGCUCAAUGUAGUAAAAAUUUCUUCUGCAGUUGUUUCGUCUCUUACUGUAAUGUUGUCAGUGCCGGUUUCAAUUUAUAUUCUCUCUCUUCCGUUGCCGUAUCUUCCAGAGGCCACAAGCUUGAGCCCCCAUUUUCUCUUCGGCAGUGCCAUUCUUGUAUCAGGUCUAAUUCUAUACAACAUACCGCAGCCUGCCAAACAGGGCUCUGAAGAUGUUUGACUUUUCGAUUCUUCGAAGUGGCACUCUGUUGAGUCAAUUUCUUUAUCCAUCCUGCUGUGCAUGAUACAUAUCUCUGUGUUCAGAAAUCUCAGUUGGCCAUUCACCCCAGAUAUUAAUUUUUAAUUAAGCAACCAUCCGCAGAAAGAACUACGAUGUUGUGGUCUUUCAUACUCCCCCCCUUUUAUAAAAAAUAUAUAUAUAUACAUAUCUAUUUUCCUGGGUUGAUUGCAG